AUGUCCAGGAAAAUGUUCAUCGGUGGAUUGAAUUGGGAUACGACAGAUGAGGGCCUUAAGAAGUAUUUUGAACAGUUCGGAAAAGUCGAAGCUUGUACUAUUAUGAGAGAUGCUACAGGACGCUCCCGCUGUUUCGCGUUCUUAACCUUUGAAGACCCGGCUUCUGUGAAUGCCGUAAUGGUCCGCGAACACGUUUUAGACGGUAAAAUUAUUGAUCCGAAGCGCGCGAUUCCUAGACAAGAACAUCAGCGGGCACAAAAGCUAUUCGUUGGCGGGCUUGCGGGGACUGUGACCUCAGAAUCAAUGCGGGAUUACUUCUCGCAAUACGGCAAGGUCAUCGACUCGACAGUCAUGCUUGACCGAGAAACAGGAAGAAGCAAGGGCUUUGGCUUUGUUUCGUUCGAGAAUACAAAUGUAGAUCCGCUUUUGGGAUUCGGAAAACUCGAGAUUGACGGAAAACUUGUAUGUGAUGAGGAUAUCUUUAAGCAUGUUUUGUACUCAUUUCCUCUCGCUUCUGCUUUACUUUAG